AUGGCUGCUUUUGGAAGUACUGAAUAUGAUUUCAAGAAAAUCGGUAGAACAACCAGUGUACCAGAUGCUGAUAUUGCUCGAAUCAUGUACUAUUUGGAUUGUGUAUGCACUGUUAUUGAUUAUGAUGAUAAUAAUAUUCGUCGGUAUCGGAACUAUUCAAAUUGGAGAAAUAUGUCGGAUGAAGAAGAUCGACUAAUUUUUCUACUGGGUUUGGCACUUUCACCUGAUGAAUUAGAGGACAAAGUCUUUUUCAAUGUACCAGCACUUUGUCCCGAUAGCAAUAAUGAAUUUUAUGAAAUAGGUCAAGUUAGACGUCAAUUAGUGAUUGUUCAAUCCAUUGUUAUUGGUGGUCAAUCACGACAAGUGAAAAGAAUUAUGGCUUACAGACAAAUGUGGAUGCGUAGAAAUUACUAUGAACCAAUGCAGCGACUUGCGUUUCGAUUUAGUCCGGCAGGACAACGCCAAGAGGCACUUAUGAGAUCAAUGGCUUGUACUAUUUCUUAA